AACGCACUCUUUCAGCUCGCGAUCCCCUUAUUUUGUUUCUCUCUCACUUUUUUUUCUUUUUUCUUUUACCCUGAGACGAAAAAGCUCCGCGGCUUCUCGCGUUCGUUAGCUCGCGUUGUGUUUUGUUUGCUGUGAUUUGAUUUCUGCUGUUCUCUUUUUGGGAAAAUGUCGACGGAGAAGGAGAGAGAGACCCAGGUUUACUUGGCCAAGCUCGCCGAACAGGCCGAGCGUUAUGAAGAAAUGGUCGAGUGUAUGAAAAGGGUAGCAAAACUUGAUCUUGAACUGACUGUAGAGGAGAGGAAUCUCCUAUCAGUGGGAUACAAAAAUGUCAUUGGUGCUCGCAGAGCUUCUUGGCGCAUUAUGUCAUCCAUUGAACAAAAGGAAGAGUCCAAGGGAAAUGAGCAAAAUGUUAAACUUAUUAAGGGUUACUGCCAGAAGGUCGAGGAGGAACUCUCCAAGAUAUGCAGUGACAUUCUUGCUAUCAUUGACAAGCACCUGAUUCCCUCUUCCACUUCAGGAGAAGCCACAGUUUUUUACUACAAAAUGAAAGGUGAUUAUUAUCGGUAUCUUGCUGAGUUCAAGACUGACCAGGAAAGGAAAGAGGCAGCUGAGGAGUCAUUGAAGGGAUAUGAGGCUGCUUCAUCAACUGCAAACACAGAUCUUCCAUCAACCCAUCCAAUCCGUCUUGGCCUUGCUCUCAAUUUCUCUGUAUUCUACUAUGAGAUAAUGAAUUCUCCUGAGAGGGCCUGCCAUUUGGCUAAACAAGCAUUCGACGAGGCAAUUGCAGAGCUGGACACCUUGAGUGAGGAGUCUUACAAGGACAGUACCCUGAUCAUGCAGUUGUUGAGAGACAACCUUACUCUCUGGACCUCUGAUUUGCCUGAAGAUGGAGGUGAAGACAACCUCAAAGGUGAAGAGUCCAAGCCUACUGAAGCCGAGCGUUGACUGGGGCACCUGAGUGAGCCCUGCCCCUGCUCGUAGCAGUUUGAGAUAUCAGACUACUUCGUGAGGGUGGUGGCUUCUUCAGCUUUUCUCACAACGGGUUUUGGGUCCAACAAGAUCGAUCAGUUCUCUGAUUCUUUUUUUUUUUUUUUUUUUUUUUUCUUAUUUCUUAAUUUAUUUUCAUUUUCCUUUUAUUUUCCCUUUGCUCAUUGUUAUUUCAUCCAAACGUGUUAUUUAAGCAAUGGUUUUUUUUUCUCUA